AUGGUUGUCUUGAACAAAUUCUCCGUUGUCCUUGUGGCCGCUAUGGCUGCUGUGGGUCAGGCCACUCACGAGGGUCUGCACGCUCGUCGCAUUCUGGCUCGCUCCGUCACCCCCGGUGCUGAGGCUUCUACCUCGACCGUCCUCGUGAUUCCCACUGCUGCCGAGCCAGCUCCCACGGCUUCUUCUUCUGCCGUGUCUGCUCCUGCUGAGGAGUCCUCCGCUGUGCAGUCCUCUUCUGCUCCCUCGGUGGCUUCCAGCGCCAUUCCUCACGUUGCUUCGUCUUCGUCUGUCGUUCCCAGCGUUGCCUCCUCUUCGGUCGUUUCCAUCCCUGCUGUGAGCUCCUCCGUGCCCGCUGGCACUAUUUCGCCUAUUGCUUCUUCUAGCAAGCCUGUGGUUACCCGCACUCCCAUCAGCUCUCGUCCUACUGGCCUUCCCAAGUCCUCUUCUGGCGUUCUGUCCAGCAGUGUGUCUGCCCCUGCUGGCGCUGCCCCCACUGGCGAUGACUCCGUGACUGUCACUUACACCGUGACCUCUGGAACUUCCACUAGUGUCAUCACUACCACCAUUUCCAAGACCGCUACUGAGCAACACACCGUCACUGCUACUGAGUCCGGCUCUGAGGCCUCGGCCACCAAGCCUGCUGAGGACACUACCCAAACUCGCACCUCUACCAUCAACAGCACCAAGACUGAGACUGUCACUCUCGUUGAGGCACCCACUCCCUCCGGCGGUGCCGGCAAUGAGUCUGGUGCUUGCUCCGCAGUGACUGUUACUGCUACCGUCACCGAGACUGUAACUGCUGGCGCUACCGAAACCCAGACCCCUGGCAACGGUGAGGGCGCACAGAGCACCUCCGCUGAGACCGCUGCUGCUUCCACCGAGACCCGCACUGCCACUGGCUCCACCCGCGUUCCCCUCAUCCGUACUCCUACUCCUUCGUCCAGCGGUUUCGCUACCCGGACUCCUUCCGCCAGCGCCAGCGUUACCCCUACCUUCUCCUCCAGUGCCCAGCCCACGCCUACCGGCACCCCCACUGGCAAGCCUUUCUUGGCCAACUGGCGCCGCCAGUUCAUCUAA